GCUCGCCCGAUCGCGUAAAGGCGCGUCGUCGACGUCGCGGUCGGCUGCACUUUCUCGCUCUGCACGCUCACGACCGCUCACGACCAUGUCCGACGAUAUCCCCUCCAUCAAGCGCCAGCUGAAGAUCAAGACCGGGGCCGUGUCCAGGCUCUGGAAGGAGUACAACAUGUACCGCAAGGAGGCGGAAGAGCAGAAGGUUAAGGUGGACAAGAUGAUCGCGGACGCAGGGGACGAGUACGAGAUCAGGAACGCGCAACGCAUCCUGGCGGAGUCGGAGAAGAUGAUCGAGGACACUUCGUCGCGUGUUGGGAAGGCUGCCGUCGACCUAAGGGAGAUCGUGGUUGUCGCAAAGCAGCACCCCGAGAUUCUGGACGACGAGGAGUAUUUGAAGGCGCAGGAGGUGCUGCAGGAGAGCAACCUGUAACGCACGAAGGUUUCCCUAGCAGUGCUGGACGGAGGAUAGCUCUGCUAUACUUGCAUCGCAUCCUCCUUCCCAGGGGAUUCCGCCUUCUCACCCCCAUUCGCCAUAGCCGCAUCCUCGCCCUCUCCCGCCCCCUCCUCAUCCCUCGCCUUCUUCAACUUCAUCAGCGCGUCCAAAAUCCCCUUCCACGCAUCCCUCUCAAUCCUCGCCUCCUGCAACCCCCGCU